AUGGGAAUAGCCAAUGUAAGUUCUCCAGAAGUCUUUGUACUCCUGGGCUUCUCUGCACGACCCUCACUAGAACCUAUCCUCUUCAUCGUUGUCUCAGGGUUUUAUGUGGCAUCUAUCUUUGGCAAUGGCAUCAUCAUUCUAGUUUCCUGCAUGGAUGUGCACCUCCACACUCCCAUGUACUUCUUUCUUGGCAACCUCUCCUUCCUGGACAUUAGCUUUACCACAAGCAUUGUCCCACAACUCCUGGUCAACCUCUGGGGACCACAGAAAACCAUAAGCUAUGGAGGGUGUGUGGUCCAGUUCUAUAUGUCCCACUGGCUGGGAGCGACUGAAUAUGUCCUCCUGGCAGUCAUGUCCUAUGACCUCUAUGCUGCCAUCUGUAGGCCACUACAUUACACUGUCAUCAUGCAUCCACAGCUUUGUCUCAGCUUGGCCCUUGCCUCGUGGCUUGGGGGUCUGACCACCAGCAUGGUGGGCUCCACACUCACUAUGCUCCUGCCCCUCAGUGGGAACAAUUGCAUUGACCACUUCUUCUGUGAGAUGCCCCUCAUUAUGCAGCUGGCUUGCGUGGACACCAGCCUCAACGAGGUGGAGAUGUACGUGGCUAGCUUUAUCUUUGUUGUCUUGCCUCUGGGUCUCAUCCUGGUCUCAUACAGCCACAUCGCCAAGGCUGUGAUGAAGAUUGGGUCAGCAGAAGGACGGAGAAAGGCCUUCAACACCUGCUCUUCCCAUGUGGCGGUUGUGGCUCUGUUCUACGGGAGCAUCAUAUUUAUGUAUCUCCAGCCCGCCAAGAGUAACUCUCACGAACAGGGCAAGUUCAUAGCCCUCUUCUACACUGUUGUCACCCCGAUGCUGAGCCCCUUGAUUUACACACUCAGGAACAAGGAUGUGAAGAAGGCUCUUGGGCGCAUCGCGUUAGAGAAUUGCUGUGGCUUUAACCUUCUAGACUCCGUUGCUACUCUUGUCACUCCUGUUCCUCUUGCUGCAACCAGUUGCACAAUCUUUGAUGGCUUCUCAGAGAAGCCAACAGAUCCUGGAUCACCCCAGAACCCCUUCAUGGGUCCCCCACCUCCCUCCUGGAUCUCCUUGCAUACUGCUUGCUGUGAAGAUGGUGCUGAAUUUAAGCAUGCACAGCCUGGAAAUGAAGACCCACUGACCACAGGAACAGAAGCUGAUGGAGAUGUGUUUCCCCUUCAUCCCUCAGGGGAUUGA